AUGGCCACGCCUAGCAAUGGAGCGACAGCAGAACCAGCGGAAGCCAGCGCGCCCAUUACGGGCCCUCCCAAUCUGCGCCCGGCGCUGAAGCCUUCGCCGGCGGCCUCGCCUCCACGUCCGGUCCAGAGGGCCGCAGUGUCAACUGCCGCCCUGCCGGUGAAGGCUGCCAUCGGCGUAGCCACGACGGCGGCUUCGACCGCAGCGCACGCUGCUGUCUCAGCGGCCGCAUCUCUCGGGUCUUUGGCGAUGCUCAGAAGGAACUCGCCAGGCGGUCGCCAAGGCACGUCCCAGGCAGGAGGCGAUCAAAGGCAGGUAGAGCCCGAUCCGCCCGCCGAAUUGGGGCUGCCCUCUAAGCCGCCAACGUAUUCGCCCCGCGAGAAGCGCAAGUGGAAAGCUCUGCGCACCUUCGGAAACCCCAUGCAGAGCGCGUGCGUGGCACUUCUCGUCCUCUGCGCGCUGCUCGUCAUCGGCGUGCUGGGAUACCUGCUGCUGUUCGCACAGGCCGAAGCCGGGGUGGGCGGUGCCCGCAAGCGCUUGUCGGCCAGACCCAACAUCACCGCCGAUGCCGACACGACGACCGAGGCAGCGCUGAUCGUCCUGCCUACGCUAGGUGGCGCCACUGACAGCGCCAGAGGUGGCGACCGAAACAACGCAGCGGGCAACGGCAGUGCCGAAGGUGCCUCGACAAUAAGCUGACGAGUCGCCACUUGGAAGACGCCACCACCAAAUAGAGAUUUGUUCUGGGGACAAGUCGACGCUUUAUUUGUCGCUUUGUGUUUGCUAUUUAUCACUGCAUUUUGCUCGUUAU